AUGGACAUCCAGCAGCCUGGUAGUGCCUUCAAGCUUCCUGAUAUUCUAAAACUGCUACUGCUCCGGUGCCUCUGGUCGGACCCCAACUUCUCAGGAUGGUUUCCCGAGAAAUUAAAUGGCCAAAAGGCCUAUCCGAACGUGUGGAGCCCCCUGAGGCCCCAGAACUACCUUUUCGUUUGUGAGCUAAAGGCGGACAAAGAUUAUCAUUUCAAAGUGGAUAAUGAUGAAAAUGAGCACCAGCUGUCUUUGAGAACGGUCAGCUUGGGGGCUUGUGCCAAGGAUGAGCUGCACAUUGUUGAAGCAGAAGCCAUGAAUUAUGAGGGCAGUCCGAUUAAAGUGACACUGGCAACUUUGAAAAUGUCGGUGCAGCCAACGGUUUCCCUUGGGGGCUUUGAGAUCACCCCACCGGUGGUUCUGUGGUUGAAGUGCGGUUCCUGGCCUGUGCACAUCUCCGGGCAGCACUUGGUCGCCGUAGAGGAAGAUGCAUAA